AUGUCAAGCAUAUUCGGUCGACAUAAGAGUUUACGGCGUAGUGUGAAAAUCCAGCGGACUUAUCAAUUAGAUACUUGUUUACACCGACCGAAACUUAAAUCUAGAGGACCGGUACCGUGUGUCCUCAUAAAGGCAGAUUGCUUCGAGCUUCUUCUUAAACACGUAGUUAUCCCCUUAUCCCUCGAUACCUUCAGGAAUCAGGAGCCUGAAAUCUGCAGUACCACGAACCCAAUAUCUUGUACUGCCUGGGGGACUUUCAUGUUCGCUUCCGGCUUUGCUUUGGGAAACGAACCGGAGACGACCUUCUAUCUGACUGUAUUUCAUGGGCUACUUCAUGCGCAGAAUAAGAGGUUACAUUUACAUUCGAAUACCACGACCAUACAUACCACCAUCACUAGCGGCACAACAGCGCCUUUGGCAGGAAUCCUACACUCUCCAACAUUCCCUCAUGAUACAAGCGAGAAGUUACCGCCUAUCAUAUUCGACGUUUACGUUUACGGUUGA